AUGGACGCAAUAGCAAGCUUAAACAAAUUGAAUGUCUUCUGGUCAUGCUUUGGACUAGUAGGAAUUAUCGCGCUGUUGGCUAUGGCGGCGCAUCAUCAACAGUUUUCGUGGGUAUUUACGCACUAUGAGAAUCGAACAGGCAUAGAUAAUUCCGGUUAUGUGCUAGUAUUGGGAAUGGUGGGUGCUGCUUUUUCUCUAUUUGGUUGUGAAAGUGCUGCUUCUGUUAGUGAGGAAACGAAAGACGCCGAUAGAUCUUCACCGAUAGCAAUGGUAAGCUCCAUCACGAUUGCCUGGUUUGUGGGUUUCGCCUAUUUGAUUAUUCUAUUAUUCUCAAUACAAGAUAUUGACGCGAUAUUCGAUACUAAAUUUCAUUUACCAGUGGCUCAAUUAUUCUUAGAUGCCUCCGGUGUAUACAGCACAGUUGUUUUCUUAUUGCUUAUGACCGUAUGCCAAUUAUGUUCCGGAGCUACCAGUAUGACAGUAACAUCAAGGCUUAUAUAUGCUCUUGCAAGAGACCAUGCUGCACCAAAGAGCCAUCAAUUGAAAUCAUUAAACAAACAUGCCCUGCCAAGCAAUGCUGUAUGGCUUACAGCUAUUUUCACUAUUCUUAUCGUAUCACCAUUCCCAAUGUCUGAACAUUUAUACGAUACUAUCGUCAGUGCUUCCACUAUCACUGUUCAUUUUAGUUACGCUAUGGUGCUUGGAAGUAGACUCUUAGCACCAGAAAUGUUAGGGAGGAAAGGCCGAUUUAGCCUAGGCCGAUGGAGUAAACCGAUUACGUUAAUAGGCUUUUCAUGGGCUGUUUUUGCCACGUUAGCCUUUAUUUUGCCCACCGAAUGGCCAAUUACCAGUAAAAAUUUCAAUUACGCUGGUUUGGGAUUAUUGUUUGUGUUACUGUUUGCUGCAACUUUCUGGUGUGGAUGGGGAAAAUAUCACUACCAUGGACCACAAGCCUCGAAUGACGAAGCAUGA